CGACGGCGCCGCCGCGCGCUGCGCAUGCGCCCGCCUCGGCGGACUUCCGGCAGCCAGGCGCUUCCGUGGAGCGGGGCGCGGAGGAGCGGCGGCGGCGAUGGAGCGGUACGGCGAGGCGCCGCUGAGCGCGGUUCCUGUGGCAGACUUCAGGCAAAAUGAGGGUUCAUUAACAUCAACUUUAAGAACACUUCUAUUCUUCACAGCUCUAAUGAUUACAUUACCUGUUGGGCUAUAUUUUUCAUCAAAGGCUUAUAUAUUUGAAGGUACCUUAGGAAUGUCCGACAGAGACAGCUAUUUUUACGCUGCCAUAGUUGCGGUAGUUACUGUCCAUGUGGUACUUGCUCUCUUUGUCUACGUAGCGUGGAAUGAGGGUUCUCGACAGUGGAGGGAAGGCAAACAGGACUAGAACGGAGAUCGUCGUCUUCUGAUGCCUACAGACUGUAAACCAAAUUUUUUUGAGCUGAAGGAAAAACAUUCUUCCAAAUGUGUAAUACACCUGUACAAAGAUAAGGCUGAUGCCUCAACUCUAGUUAGAAUAAGACUUGUACUCAUCUUGAAUGUGUGCCUGUGUUUUCUCUAGUGCUGAUGGAAGUUGUUCUUUAGGCAGCCUCUACUAAGUCGAGCUGGGGAGGUCUUCACCUGCAAUUAGAAUAAAAUAAUUACCUGUUUUUUAAUAAAUCCUGUAGCUAUUUUUGCCGUUCCUAGUAUUUUUCUGACUUGCUCUGAAAAUAAUACUGGCCCAAAGCAAGCAUUACAUUUUCAAGUAAUAGAAUUGCUAGUUAAUCAUAUGGUGUGUGAUCUGCCUUGGGUCACCUGAGGCCAGCUGCCCUGGCUGUGCCCCCUCCCCACUAAUUGUGCCUCCCCAGCCCACUCGAUGCGGGGGAGUGGAGUGAGGAGCAGAAAAGGCCUUGGCUCUGUGCCAGGCCUGCUCAGCAAUAACAGAAACAUCUCUGCAUGUAUAAGCACUGUUUUCAGCACAAAUCCAAACCAUAGCCCCAUACAAGCUACUACGAAGAAAACAAACUUUAUCCCAGCCAAAACCAGCACAGUGGGACAGGCAUAAUAAUGUAUUUCUGAGUUUAGGAGUAAUUGCAAAACCAGAAUCGGUUAGAAACUCAGGUGAUGUCUUUCUAAUGUGAAAUACAAAAGUUUGGGUGUGUUUUUUUUUUAAUUUUCAAAUCUAAUUCUUUAUUGCAGUGUAAAAAUGCAAUCUUUCAUUUCCUUUUGGGAGGACUAUCGUAUUGCUGCAUUGCUUAUCCUUCCAGUCUUCUGCAGUUGAUCUUGGUGAUGCGAAGGAAAUGGCAUAGCGCAUUUUUUUACAAGCCUUUACGUUUAUGUCUCCAUGAUAAUUGCUGAAGGAUGUAGUUGUGUUUCCUGUGUUAAAGUCGUAUCAGUAACAGCUAUAAGCCACCCUAAUGGCUAGUAGAGGAACAAGCAAAAGAAAACAAGCUGUAGUUUUCUGCAGAUGUUGUCCUUUAUGAAGCAGAACACAAGAGUGAUCAUAUGGCUUCUUGUUUUUCUUCAUAAAUACUAACUUGUACACUGUGAAAUGAUACAGUAUGUUGUUUUCUUUUUCCCUUGGUUAUGUGUGGCAACUUUCUGUAGUCAAACCACAGUGAGAGUUUUGUGCUGUAGGAUAACAGGAAUUUCAUUUCACUGUUUUGCUGUUGUUAGCAAACUUUUUAUUCUGUAGAUAAAACCUGUUUUCCCAAGGUUUCAGCAAUGCAUAGAACUUUCCUAAUGCUGAUGAUUGCUGUUAAGCUGUUGUGCUUGAGGUUGUUCUGUUAACUUGAGUUUUCCUGUUUGUUGUACGAGUUGAGCCUUUUUUUGGAAAUGUUUUCCUUAAUAUAGGGCUUGGAAUGGUUUUGCUACUACGUUGGUUCAUGGUAAUACUUAUGCUUAAAUAAGACAAAAAUCAGUUUUCCAUGCCCAGUGGCUGAAUAAUGUGUUCCCAGGUCUCAUUCCUUUUGCCUUCACCCCGGUUCCAGGUGUGCGCAAACACAUACUGUGUCACACUGAUGCAAAUCCCUUUUUAUGUUUUGUUUCUGAAAUGACAGCUUUCCUCAUCUGGAAGCCCCUAGUCAGGUUUCUGCCUGCAAACUGGAGGACGGUCUCAUAGUACUUGAAAUACAACUUUAGUUUAUAUACUUUGGCAUAUUGGCUUGCUGUUCUCCAGUAUAUGAACUGUACAUUGUAGAACUGCGUUUUAAUAAAGAACUACCCUGCAAUACAAUCCCGUAAACAA